AUGGGUAUUCCAAAAUUCUUCAGGUACAUCUCUGAGAGAUGGCCGAUGAUUCUACAAUUAAUUGAAGGUACACAGAUUCCUGAAUUUGAUAACCUAUACCUGGAUAUGAAUUCUAUUUUACAUACGUGUACUCACGGUAACGACGACGAUGUAACCAAGAGAAUGACAGAAGAAGAAGUAUUCGCGAAGAUCUUUACGUAUAUUGAUCAUUUAUUUCUAACCAUUAAGCCAAAAAAGACUUUUUACAUGGCCAUUGAUGGUGUGGCUCCUCGUGCCAAGAUGAAUCAACAAAGAUCGCGUAGAUUUAGAACAGCUAUGGAUGCAGAACACGCUUUACAGAAGGCUAUCGAUCACGGUGAAGAAAUUCCUAAGGGUGAACCUUUUGAUUCAAACUCGAUUACACCCGGUACAGAAUUUAUGGCCAAAUUAACCAAAAAUUUGAAAUAUUUCAUCCAUGACAAGAUAUCUAAUGAUGCCAAAUGGAGAGAAAUAGAUAUCAUCUUUUCAGGACAUGAGGUUCCAGGUGAAGGUGAACAUAAGAUUAUGGAUUUCAUUAGAAGAAUAACAGCAGAGAAGGAUUUUGAUGAAAAUACUAGACACUGUAUUUAUGGAUUAGAUGCAGAUCUAAUAAUAUUGGGGCUUUCCACUCAUGCUCCACAUUUCGCACUGUUAAGAGAAGAAGUUGUAUUUGGUAGGAGAAAUUCCAAUAAGGUCAAAACUUUAGAAAACCAAAAUUUCUAUUUAUUGCAUUUAUCCCUGUUAAGAGAAUAUAUGGAAUUAGAGUUUAGUGAAAUUGCAGAUGAAAUGCAAUUCCCAUUUGAUUUUGAAAGAGUCCUUGACGAUUUCAUCCUGGUGAUGUUUGUCAUUGGUAAUGAUUUCUUACCUAAUUUGCCAGAUUUGCAUUUAAAUAAGGGUGCAUUCCCAGUGAUAUUGCAGACAUUUAAGGAAGCUUUAUUACAUUUAGAUGGUUACAUUAAUGAACAUGGUAAGAUUAACUUGGAAAGGCUUAGAGUAUGGUUCCAAUAUCUAUCUCAAUUUGAAUUAUUGAAUUUUGAAAAAUCUGAUAUCGAUGUUGAAUGGUUUAAUCAACAAUUAGAAAAUAUUUCCCUUGAAGGUGAAAGAAAAAGAGCUCGUAUGGGAAAGAAACUUCUAAUAAAACAACAGAAAAAAAUUGUUGGAAUGGUCAAACCUUGGAUAAUGAAAGAAUUAUCAGUAAAGAUUCCAACUGAUCUUCCUGAAGAUCAAGUUCCAUCUUUAACAAUAAAGCAAGAAAAUAUUGUAGAGAAUUUAGACUUUUUGAAGAAGUUUGCAUUUGACUUAGGAUUGUUUGUAGUACACUCUAAAUCUAAGGAUACCUAUUCUUUAAGAGUAGAUCUCGACUCUAUCAAUCCAUCUGAAACUGAAGAAGAGCGCCAGAAACGUGUCGCUGGACUAAGAAAGAUAAUUAAGUCAUACCAACAAGCUGUAUUAGUGGAGGACGCCGACGAACUAGAGAAAGAGAAAGGACUCUAUGAUGAAAGAUUUGAAAACUGGAAACAUGAUUACUACAAAGAUAAAUUAGGUUUCAAGACAAAUCAAGAAGAAAGUGUUGUGUCCUUAACCAACAAUUAUGUGGAGGGUUUGCAAUGGGUUUUGUAUUACUAUUAUAGAGGUUGUCCAUCGUGGGGUUGGUAUUACCAUUACCAUUAUGCACCUCGUAUCUCGGAUCUAGAGAAGGGUUUGGACCAAAUCAUUAAAUUCGACAAGGGUCGCCCAUUUACUCCAUUUGAACAAUUGAUGGCCGUGUUACCUGAGAGAUCUAAAAACUUAAUUCCACCUGCCCUCAGACCACUAAUGUAUGAUGAAAAGUCUCCAAUUAUUGACUUCUACCCAUCUGAAGUGAAAUUGGACAUGAACGGUAAGACUGCCGAUUGGGAGGCCGUGGUUCUAUUAUCUUUUGUUGAUGAAAAAAGAUUAGUUGAGGCUAUGAAACCAUACUUGUCCAAAUUUACCCCAGAAGAAAAACUCAGGAAUUCGUUCGGUACAUCUUUAAAGUUUAUUUUCAAUCAGCAAGUAGACACCAUUUACAAGAGUCCUUUAAGUGGUAUAUUUUCUGAUUUAGAACAUGACCAUUGUGUGGAAAGAGAAUUUGUUGAAAAACAUAUCGAUGAAUCAGAAUUCCGUUUCGGUUUACUGCCUCACGCUAGAACAGGUACAGAAUUACAAGCAGGGUUCCCUACCUUAAAGAGCUUACCUUUCAAGUAUCAGUUGGAAUAUAAUGAGAGUUUGGUUUUCCAACAAGCAUCAAGACAACAAUCGAUGGUUUUACACAUGGAUGAUAUUUAUCAUGAAAACAACUUGACCUUAGAUGAACUAUCAAAGAGAUACUUGAAUCAAAUUAUCUAUACAAGAUGGCCGUAUUUGAGGGAAUCCAAACUAAUUUCUAUUACUGACGGGGAAACCGUUUAUGAAAGAAAAGAACAUACAGGUGCAGACGGAAAAGUCCAUUUUAAGAGAAUUACGAGGUCUGCGGAUAAUCAUGAUAGAAAACAGUUUAACUCUUUGAAACAUUCUAUGCUAAGAAAUUAUGGGAAACAAAAAGCCGUAAUCUUAGACAAAGUAAGGGCAAUUAUUGAAGUAUUACCAGUGGUUGGUUUAACCAGAAACGAUGAUGGUGCUUAUGUAAAAACUUUUGCAUCUCAACCGGAUUAUUAUCCAUUACAGCUUAUGGUGGAAUCUAUCACAAAUAAAGAUGAAAGAUAUAUUGAAAAACCCCCACUACCAAUUAAGGAAGAAUUUCCAGUAGGCUCACAUUCUAUCUUUUUAGGUGAUUAUGCUUAUGGUGGUGAAGCAUUUGUGGACGGCUAUAAUAGUGAAAAAAGAUUGAAGUUAACUGUGACAAAGAGUUUCAAUAAGACUGAGCCAACUAUCGGUAAGGAAAGAUUGGCCAUUGACCACAGAGCUGUACAUUAUAUUCCAUCUUUUAUUAUUGCUAAAAAAUUAGGGUUGCAUCCAUUAUUCCUCUCAAGGAUUACUACCAAGUUUAUGCUUGCCGAUGUUUCAGGAAGACAUAUUAAUGUAGGUAUCCCUGUGAAAUUUGAAGCCAAACAUGAGAAAGUGUUAGGGUAUGCCAGAAAAGGUAUAAAGGGUUGGGAGUAUUCUAAUUUAACCAUUAAUUUAAUUACCGAAUAUAAGAACAAGUUCCCUGAAUUCUUUAAUAAAUUAUCGAAGGUUGGAAAUGGAAUUCCAAUUCUCGAAGACUUGUACCCAGAAUUGUCCUCCUCAAACUUAGCAAAAUUCUUAGACGAAAUCAAGAAAUGGCUGAAGUUUGUAACAGAAAAGUUCGUUGUAGUUUCUAUUGAAAGUGAUUCAUUAACCAAGUCCUCCAUUGGUAUUGUGGAAGAAUUUGUUCAAGAAUACACAAGGAAGUCGUAUCCUACUGAGAAGAAACAAUUAGCCAAUGUACCACGUCAAGCUAUCUUAAAUCCAAGAACAUCUGUGGGUAUCCUUCGUUCUCAGAGAUUUGAUCUCGGUGAUCGUGUUAUUUACGUUCAAGAUUCCGGUAAAGUUCCUCUAUUUUCUAGAGGUACAGUGGUAGGCUAUACUACUUUAGGUUUGAAUCUAUCAGUUCAAGUAUUAUUUGAUAAUGAAAUUGUGGCAGGGAACACGUUUGGCGGAAGAUUAAGAACUAACCGUGGUUUGGGACUUGAUGCUUCAUUUUUAUUGAAUUUAACGAACAAACAAUUUAUCUAUCAUUCCAAGGCCUCUAAAAAGGCGUUGCACCAGAAGAAAAAGGCACCUCUCUCUCAAGAAACUAAACAGAAGAUAAUUGCAUCCAAGAGAGAGAAGAUUACUGAAUUGAGGAAGAUACAAGCCCAUGAUCUAUUAUCACAUAUUACGCAGGCUGACAAUAAGAUUGUUCAUCAUAAUGAAGAGGUAGAUGCUGAAGUUAAAGAUAGUACAAAGCAAACACCUUCUGAAGGAGAACAAUCUUCUAAAGCAAUUGAAGAAAUAACUCUACCACCAAAUACACAAGUAGCAAAUUCUAUUUUUAAUGCGGUUGUAAAUCAGUACGCUACGAAUGGUAAUAUGGAACCUAUCGCUCGUCCACCAAAUAAUAAUGGACCUGUAGUUGCAGGUUUACCAUAUCAUAUCCCAGCGGGACAUAAUGGUAGUAUACCACCUGGAUUAGGGACACAGCAACAUCCAAUGGGAUACCCUAACAUGGGCAUGCCAAUGCCACCACCACAUCCAUAUAAUGGUAACAUGGUCACAGUAAAUCAACCACCAAUGAUGAUGCAACCACCACAUGUUCAACAUGGUCAUCCUAAUGCUCAUUCAAAUGUCAAAGUAGACGAAAAGGGAAGCGAUGCAUUGAAACAAUUCGUCAAAGACCAUUCCAGCGAUAAGGAGUUGAAGUCAGAAAAGUCCAAAUCAAGCAAAGCGAUUAAAAUCAAGCAAAGAACAACUAACGCUGCUCCAGUCUAA